AGGCAACAACAGGCAGCAACAGGCAGCAACCCAUUUCCGAAAACCUAAUCUUUUUUUCAUUUCAUUCGGACCCCUUAUCUUUCUGUUCUUGUGGUUUGUUUCCCUUUUUCGUGUGUUGUUUUGGGAACUGGGGUUGGUUUGAAAACACAGAGAAAAAAGAAGGGUUUUUAAGCAAAAAAAAAGGGGUUCUUUUGGGGUUGGAUUGUAAAAAUGGGAAGAGGUAGGGUUCAACUGAAAAGAAUUGAGAACAAAAUAAACAGGCAGGUUACUUUCUCCAAAAGGAAAGCUGGUUUGCUGAAGAAGGCUCAUGAAAUCUCUGUUCUCUGUGAUGCUGAAGUUGCUUUGAUUGUUUUCUCCCACAAAGGAAAGCUCUUUGAAUACUCCUCUGAUUCCAGUAUGGAGAAAAUACUCGAACGAUAUGAACGAUAUUCGUAUGUGGGCAGGCAACAAAUUGCAGCUACUGAAUCUGAAUUUUCACAGGAAAAUUGGACUCUCGAGUACUAUAGACUCAAAUCACGAGUCGAACUCUUACAAAGAAACAACAGUCAUUACAUGGGAGAAGAUUUGGAUUCAUUAAGCGUCAAAGAACUGCAAAACUUGGAGCAACAAAUCGACACUGCACUCAAACAUGUUCGUUCGAGGAAAAACCAACUCAUGCAUGAUUCCAUCUCUGCUCUUCAGAGAAAGGAACGAGCAAUUCAGGAACAAAACGCUCUCCUAGCAAAGCAGAUCAAGGAGAAGGAGAAGAGCGUAGCAAUGGCUCAGCAGGCCGAGUGGGAGCAGCAGCAGCAACAUGGUUACAAUGCACUGUCUUUCUUAUUCCCAUCAGCUCCUCACCCGUCUCUAAACAUCGGGCUUGCGAGUUUUGAUGGUCACCUGUGAAUCCCAUUGCACGUUGUGAGAUUCGAGCGAUCGGGAAGAAGACGGUGACAGUGACGGUGACGGGGCGGGUUGAAUAAUGGAAAAUGGAAUGGAUUAAUUAUAACCUAUAUUUGUAAUGGAUUGGCUAAUAUGUAUGGAGGGUUUGUGGUUGUGGAGGUUUUGUUGUGUUAAGUGAAAGACAAUAUAUGAACUACUUUUUGUUGUGUGUUG